UGCCGAGCAUUAAGGAAAGGCCAAAGUACCAGGCUAUAUUCGGUGGAGCAUGCCAAAUAAAUCUUUACACACGCGUGAGCCGUUAGAGUCACAAUAGCUGCAAGUUUUGGGUAGAAUGGAUCUCUUGAUGAUAUGCAGCUGUGUGUUUCUCCUGACAGUGAAUCCCGCGUAUUCCAAACCCAGGAUUGUGGACCUUACCCACAAACAGGAUAAGGACUCUAUCACGUGGCCCACCAACCCGGCGUAUAACUUUACCGUGCUCUACCGAGGAUUUUCGACAUACUACAAUUCCUGGAUUGAAAACAACCAUUUUGCCAUGCCAGAGCACAUGGGGACUCACAUUGACGCGCCGGUCCACGCCGCAGAGGGUGCCUGGAAGAUCCAUCAAAUCCCGAUGGAAAAAUUGUACGGACCAGGAGUCAUUAUAAAUGUCAAAUCCAAGGUUGCGAACAAUCCGGAUUACAGAGUUUCAACCGAUGAUUUGUCGGCAUGGGAGGAAAAAUACGGAGAGAUUCCCAGACACGCUGUGGUUGUGAUGAACUCAGGUUGGUCUAAAAAAUAUCCAGAUCCAAAUCUUGUUUAUGGAACCUCUCUACCCAACGAUACCACAUCGUUUCAUUUCCCUAGCUGGCACGAGGAAGCCGUCACGUGGUUGAUAACCAAACGACAGGUCAACGCCGUUGGUGUCGACACUCCCUCUACGGACUAUGGACAAACCAACACAUUUCCCUGUCACAUCAUAUUGGGAAAACAUAAUAUAGUGGGAAUAGAACACGUAGCGAAUCUGGACAACAUUCCGGAAAGUGGCAGCGUCGUCUAUAUGCCCGUACUUAAGAUUUUUGAUGGAAGCGGUGGACCAACUCGACUUUUCGGAAGAUAUGACGACGAACCGAACAAAACAAAUGCUGCCAUGUAUUUCAUGAGUACCGCAAUCUACAUAUACCUCUUGCAAAUGAUGACAAUCUUCGUUUACCAAUAUUGAAUAUAACUCAAUGUCCCAUUAAUCCCUGUACGCUUAAUACUAAUGCACAUAUCUAAAUGUUUGUUGUAUAAGUUUAACAGAAAGGAGCAACGUUUUCAAAAAAAUGUACAUUAUUCAUUCAUAUUUUGUAUUCUUCAGUAAAUAUUUCGAGUCCCUUAGUUAAACUCAAAUGCCGAUUUUUCUAUUCAUUCAAUUCAGGUGUCUUAUAGGCAACUUUGUUUGCAGAAUUAGUAACAGAGAACAGUAUUUCAACCUACGUUUUAAGCAGGUCUAUGUUAAUAUUGAGAAGACGACUUUUUCUCUCAUAUAUCUACGUAUGUAAGAUACAGAUAUUCUAUGAAAGAAAGGUAUGUAAGAUAUUUCUUUCUCUCAUAUCUACAUAUGUAAGAUACAGAUAUUCUAUGAAAGAAAGGUAUGUAAGAUAUUUCUAUCUUUCAUAUCACGUGACGUUUAUCUUACAUAUCCCGUGACGUCAUAAUCAAUACACAACUAUAGCUUGCAACUUACCUCGCCUCGAUUGACAAACACUAGCGUCUGCAAAGCUCUUGUACAAAAAAAUGACAGAUUGUAAUGUCCCUGAUAAUGUCCAGGUGUAUGUGACCAGACACAAAAUUACACAUUCCUUGAACAAUUACUGCACACUCAACAACAGUCACAAAUUCCUCAUACACCUAGAUGUCAUCCGGUGCAUUAUGCCAGUUCACAGAAACCCAGCCCACACAGUCUAUUAGUUCUAGGCCUACCUCCACAUUCACUCUGUCAACGUCUACUGUCCGUGUCUCAGGUGAAAUAAGUGCCUUCAAUGUCCAUGAGACUCGAGUCCUUGCACGCGUGGAAAACGAAAGUCUAGCCAUGCCCAUAUUCACCAACAAAAACUACUUGGAAUCUCUCUUCACACACUCGUCAUUAAAUAACUGCUCAAUAGCAAUAUCAAUGCUCCUCUAAGAAAAAAAAACGUGCAGUUGUGGAUUAAUAUUCUGAUUAGUUCUGUCUCAUAUUCUGAUUAGGUCUGUCAAAAUGUUUCGCGCUGAUGGACUGUCGAGUUACGUCACGCAUCACACUGAUUAUUGAUUUAUUCAAAGAGGAAUAACUCUAAUACAAUUCACUUAUACACUCGACGGCCGAUUUUUUGUCGGCAACGUAGUUGCCAAAUAGAUGGUCGUAGAAUUCGAUUCUGGUGUUAUUUUUAAUGUACAGCGAAAAAUUAAUUAAUUGGAAAAUUCUCAAAAUGGCGUCGCUAGGCACAAGGAAAACGGAAAACUCUAGAAAAAUGAGAGAAAAAUACUCUCUUAUGAGUUGCCAUGAAAUAUUAAGGUGAUUCCACCCUCGGGGUUGCAAAAAAGCGGUAAAACCCUCGGCAAAGCCUCGGGUUUCACAGCUUUUUUUGCAACCCUCGGGUGGAAUCACCUUAUAUUUCAUGGCUACUCAUAAGAGAGUCUUAUAAUCUUUCAUAUCACGUGACGUUUAUCUUAGAUAUCCCGUGACGUCAUAAUCAAUACACAACUAGCCUGCAACUUACCUCGAUUGACCAACACUAACUUCUGAAAAAGUCUUGUACAAAAAAUUACAGAUUGUAAUGUCCCUGAAAAUCUCCAGGUGUAUGUGACCGGACACAAAAAUAUACAUUCCUUGAACAAUUACUGCACACUCAACAACAGUCACAAACUCCUCACAAAUGCUGUCGAGUACAUUUAUAUCAUCCGGUGCAUUAUGCCAGUUCACAGAAACCCAGCCCACACGGUUUAUUAGUUCUAGACCUCCCUCCACAUUCACUGUCAACGUCUACUGUCCCUAAAUGUGUCUCAGGUGAAAUAAGUGCAUCCAAUGUCCAUGAGACUCGAGUCCUUGCACGCGUGGAAAACGAAAGUUUAGCCUGGUAUGCCCAUAUCCACCAAAAAAAAAAACCCACUUGGAAUCUCUCUUCACACACUCGUCAUUAAAUAACUGCUCGAUUAAUAUCAAUAUCAAUGCUCCUCUAAGAAAAAAACGUGCAGUUGUGGAUUCAUAUUCUGAUUAGGUCUGUAAAAUUGUUCCGCGCUGAUGGACUGUCGAGUUACGUCACGCAUCACCCUGAUUAUUGAUUUAUUCAAAGAAAAAUAGCUCUAAUACAAUUCACUUAUACACUCGUCGGCCGAUUUCUUGUCGCCUACGUAGUUGCCAAAUUGAAGGUCGUAGAUUUCGAUUCUGGUGUUAUUUUUAAUGUACGGCGAAAAAUUAAUUAAUUGGAAAAAUCUCAAAAUGGCGUCGCUAAGCACAAAGAAAACGGAAAAUGUCUAGAAAUAUGAAAGAAAAAUACCCUCUUAUGAGUAGCCAUGAAGUAUUAAAGUGAUUCCACCCUCGGGGUUGCAAAAAAGUUGUAAAACCCUCGGAAAAGCCUCGGGUUUCACAGCUUUUUUGCAACACUCGGAUGGAAUCACCUUAUAUUUCAUGGCUACUCAUAAGAGAGUCUUAUAAUAAAUCAUAAGUAUUUUAAAGAAAAAGAUCCAAUAUACAAUAGAUCAAUCGGUGGUUAAGUGGUUAAAGUGUUCAUGUUGUGACGUGGAGGUCGUGAAUUCGAACCAUGAGGUUGUGGGUCUUUCUGAUGAAACAGUAAAAACCGAGCUCCCACGGCAGGUAUUGGCAUAAUAAAUAACUUAUGAACCUGUUAACUACGACAGUCCAAAGAGCCACCCAUAGAUCUAAAUGUGCGGCGCUUCCUCUUCACUUGGCGACGUCAAAAUAAGAAAGAAAUCAAUAAAAUACCGGACAAAGAAACCGUGACAAUAUAAAACAUACCUGGUCUUUAUACAACAAUGAGUCAAUUUAUAUAUUCAUGCUUGAUAGUACCACAGUAUUCGAUCAGAACAUGACUAGUUGGUGUCAGCUGCUAUACACGACUAAUCUGUUUCGGAAGUUCCAUAAUCAUUACAAACAAAUGUAUGUAGUAAUCACCGUUGAAGCGGCUUAUCAAGAGCGUAAACUGUUAUCACUCACAUUAGAUGGUUUAAAGCGAGCAGACGUCACUUCCGUUCCUCUCAUCCUUACAAAUAAUUGAUAAACAAAACUCAAAUAAUUAAAUCGAAUAAACAACAACAUUGCCGCAUCACCAAACUGGAAAAGGCGGGUUUUAGUUGUUCUGAUAUAUUUAUCCGAUAUGAAGAUGUUGAUAAACUCAAGUUAAUGAAAUUUCAUUUUAUCCGGGAAAUUGUGAAACAUUUUUGUCUUACAAUUUCUGGUUCACUCUCUUUUCAUGCUAGCAUGCUAUUUUUCAAAGCAGUGGGUCAAUUUAUCACUGUGUUAUACAGUCUUCAAUGCUGAUAUUAGGCCUAGAACUGAGUUUUUUGUGUUAUAUUUUUCUCCUUUCAUUAAUGAUACAUAUAUACGUAUAUGUAUAAUUAUGUAUCCAUUUACUUAUAUUUUAUUAUGUAUUUCACUGAUAUGUUAGUAUUAUUGUAUUCAUAACACACAUUAGUUUCCAUAUACAAAAUGUUGUACUGACUUAAGUAUGCAAUAAAUACACGCACGAAUAAUCGACUA